AUGUCCCGAAGAAAGCCGGUCCCGACCGAUGCAGAUAGUGCAAAACGUCCGAAACGUGCCAACAAUCUUUACACCAGGCCGGAAAAGAUACCACUCGGGACGAUUUUAACCGAUGCGUUCAAUGUACCGUGGAAGAUAGGACCAUCGAUCGGUACCGGAGGCUUCGGGGAGAUCUACUGUGCGUUCUGCUUUACACAUUCUGCACCGAAAACGGUUGCCGAGUAUCCUAACGUUGUUAAGAUCGAACCGCAUGAAAAUGGACCACUAUUCGUUGAGACACAUUUCUACCGCAAGAUCUGCAAGGUGGACGACAUCGAGCGAUACAGGAAACUGCGCAAGCUAAAACACCUCGGCAUGCCUUACUACCUUGCUAGCGGAUCACACACAUUGAACAAUGUCAAGCAUCGGUUUCUGGUGAUUCCACGCUUUGGCGCUAGUUUGCAGUCGGUUUACAUGCAAAACAACAAAUGUUUGCCGUUGUCUACCGUUUGUCGGGCUGGCAUGCAGAUGCUGGAUGUGCUGGAAUACAUCCAUUCGAACCAGUAUGUACAUGCGGACUUGAAGGGUGAUAACAUUCUGUUUGGGAUGGGUGAUCGUGGCCGGGAGCGCUUGUAUUUGGUGGACUUUGGUAUGGCUAGCCGGAUCGUGCUGGAAGAUCAGUUCAAGCCAGAUCCGCGGAAGAAACACAACGGUACAAUCGAAUAUACGUCACGUGACGCCCAUCAGGGUGUAAUGACGAUGCGGGGUGAUUUGGAAAUAUUGGCCUACAACAUGAUCGAAUGGGCCGGCGGGUGUUUGCCCUGGAAGGAAGAAAAAUUGUUGAAAGAUUGCAACAAGGUGCAGCAGAUGAAGGAGGAACGUAUGAGUGAUGUGGCUGGUUUGCUGAAGCAAAGUUUCCGGAAGCAUGUAUCGGUGCCGAAAGUGUUGCAACCGUUUUUGGAGUUUAUUAACGGUUUGCGAUCUAACGAGACGCCCAAGUAUACGGUUUGUAGUAAAAUAUUCGAAAAAGCACUCAAAACGCUUGGCGCUUCAAACACGGGAGUGCUUGAAGUGAGCAUUGCCAGUGCAUCUAACGUCAACGAUUCUUCGGGACCGAUAAACAAAACAAAAACAAAGAAGCGAAGAACGCUGGAUACAUCCGUUUCAAACGGGCUAGCUGACACGGUACCAAACACGCCGGACGAUGAUGAAUACUCGCCAAGAACUCGCACUCCCAAGCGAAAACAGAAGAUAGCCGCCAUAAGUCCUUCCUUGAUGACGCAUACAAAGCAACGCACUGUGAACAGAUCGCACGCUGUAUCAGAUACACAGCCAAACACACCAGAGGAUGAGGAAGAUUCGCCCGUGCUCUCACAAAGAUCCAAACGAAGGAUGGAACGUUCCGAUGCAUCCGUUGCUGGACAAGCACGAAUGAAAAAACCCCUUCUACCUAACCCAAAAACGAUGGCUUUGAUGGACACCGUUCCUAACACACCGGAUGAGGAAGAGGAGCUUUCCCGUGCUUUGUCAAAAGCGAGCCGAAAACUUAAACCUGACACCGAUGUGUCAGAGCCAAACCGUGGGAGGCAUAACAGAAAGGUAACCUUGGAUGAAGAACGAACGCGGCGCAAGGAGAAAACGCACACAAUCGUGCAGAGUGCGUCAGCGCAGGGUAUAAACAUACGUAUCGAAACACCUCGAAAGAAACGAACGGGAACCGCUCCAGCCGAAUCUCCCCAGGAAAUCACCAUCAAGCUAACGCUGAACGCGAAUGUGUCGGUCAAUACAAGAAGCAAGCGGAACGGGACGGUCGUUGUUAGCGCAUCGCGCCAUGAUAUGUCGCAGGACUCAAGCAGAAAUGAUGAAUCGCUGGAAGCUUCGCAGGAUGUUAUCGAUAUAUCUUCCGCUACUGAGGAGAACAACGUGUCCCGGAACUUGUUUGAUGAAUAUUGA